AUGACAGUGUCGGUCAACUUCGGCAGCUCACAAGAACUGUCUGUAUGUAUCAUACCGGAAAGGUUGAACGAAAGCAAACACGUCUCAUCUGAGGGGUGUGUCGGCGAGACUUCUCACACCUUUGAAGUGCUAUCUCCCAAGUUUCGACAAUCAUGGAAGUUUUAUCCAACGACUGCUACAUCCAAUUCACCGGCGUCGAGCCGUACUUAUCCCGGAACUGUCAGUCCAGCGAGUUCAGAGGUCCUCAUGAAACAUACUCAUCCUGUCCAAGCCAUCGCCCUCGACUGUGAGAUGGGCACAGCGAAAUCAGGGAACACCGAACUGAUACGACUUACAGCCGUCGAGUUCUUCACGUCGGAGCCACUCAUCGACACUCUGGUACGACCAACCGUCCCAAUGCAGCACUGUAAUACACGAUACUCUGGUGUUACUGCUGCAGCAAUGCGUACGGCGGUGAAAGAGAAAUCGUGUCUGUUCGGACGUGAUGCUGCUCGUCAGGAACUCAUGAAGUUCAUUGACUUGAACACUGUUGUGGUGGUUCAUAGAGGACAAAACGAUCUUUCGGCUCUACGCUGGACUCAUCCAGCAGUGAUCGCUACCUUCAUUCUAGAGGGGUAUCAUAGCGAAAUGAGGGGUGGACGUUCCCUGAAGGCGCUUUGCGUUAGCCUGCUCAACAUCGACAUUCAGAAAGGCAAGGGUCACGACAGUCACGAAGACGCUCUUGCGUGUCGGGAGUUGGUGCACCGAUGGACGAAGGUAAUUCCUGACUGA